CCGCUCUCGCAUCUCUGAUCCGCUUUACAGCUAAUAAGGGACAGGGGAACGCUCAGCGCAGCCGCCAUGGGGGUAGAAGGAUGCACCAAAUGCAUUAAAUAUCUGCUCUUUGUCUUCAACUUCAUCUUCUGGCUGGCUGGAGGUGUGAUUCUCGGGGUAGCACUGUGGCUUCGACAUGACCCCCAAACUUCCAACCUACUUUUCCAGCAGUUUGAGGACAAGCACGCACCAGGGACUUUCUACAUUGGUGUCUAUAUAAUAAUAGCAGUAGGCGCUGUCAUGAUGUUUGUGGGAUUCCUGGGAUGUUAUGGGGCCAUUCAGGAAUCUCAGUGCCUUCUGGGAACGUUCUUUGCGUGCCUGGUGAUCCUCUUCGCCUGUGAGGUGGCUGCUGGUAUCUGGGGCUUUGUGAACAGGGAUCAGGUUUCAAAGGAAAUGCGGCUUUUCUACAGUGAAGUGUAUCAACAUGCAACCACCGGGACUAAGGAACAGCAGCAAAAGGCUCUCCCUGUGCUCAAGGCCUUCCAUGAGACACUGCAGUGCUGUGGCGACGCCAGUCUUAAAAAAUAUGUCACCAUGAGCAUCACCGAUAUGUGUCCGAAGCGUAGUAAUAUCCUAGAGCAAAUCACCAUAGAGGACUGCCACCAGAAAAUUGACGUCCUCUUUUCUACAAAGCUUUAUUUGGUUGGCAUCGCUGCUGUUGUGGUGGCCGUUAUUAUGAUCAUCGAGAUGAUAUUCAGUAUGGUCCUGUGCUGUGGCAUCCGGAUUUAUUCUGUAUACUAAGGAACGUCUUUAUUCUCCUAUGUAUAUAAAUCCUUGUCUUAUUCCUCUUCCCCCAAACCCUCCCAACGUCUCCCUUUCAAUUUUUUUUUUUUUCUUUUUUAAAUAUCCUACCCUCUUGGCGAUCGAGUCAGUGUCCCGCCAGUGCAGUGGAUUCCUAGCUUGGACUAUCCCUAUGUCUGUAUGAGCGAUGCUCUAGGUAUUUCUUCAACAAGACACUCGGGAAUUCGGGUGCCCUUGAAUGUAUACGGCCUGCUUGCAGGGCUCUGACUUCCAGUUUACAGCUUCUGCGGUCAGAAGGACGCAUCAUCUUGUGUUUGCCGCGCAAUAAGAUACUAAAGAGUUCCGUGGUAGGCCGGCUGAAUUCAGCCACGUGCUACAAUCAAGUCUGUGUGCGUCCGGCCACUCUUUACUUUCUUAUUGCUGUCGAGUCACAAUCUCUCCCCGUUUCACGUGUAAAAGAUGUUGUGUUCGUACUUUUGGGAGAGGAGUCAAUCCAUAUUCCUUGCACGAUGGCCCCUAUUUCCUACACUCCAUCAUUACAUAGUAAAUAUAUAUAUAAAUAUAAACAUGUAAAAAGAUUCUGAUUAAAAUCCUUUGGGGGCUUUUUUUUUCCCCCCACUGACA